UGACAAAGGAACAACCUGUCGGCAAGAAUGCGUCUUUAGGGGCUAAAGUCUGGAGUUUCGGACGUUAACACUGCGGUACACAUUAGAUGUUUUAUUAAUGUUGAUCCCUUCAAAUUCAUCAUGACAAAUUACCAGAAAAUGCUCAAAGACCCGAGCACCUUGCGGAUCUUUUUCUCCUCUCCGUUUGGCGGGAUGGAGGAGGAGAGAGAGGAACUGACACGGCGGUACUUCCCACAUAUCAACCAUAUAUGUAACUCUCGAGGGGUCCAAUUCGUGGCUGUUGACAUGAGGUGGGGUAUUACAACGGAGUCUUCGGCCAGUGCACAGGUCAUCAAUCUAUGUCUAAAGGAGCUGGACAGGUCCGACAUGUUCAUUGGGUUCUUUGGACAGAGAUAUGGAUGGCAUGGAGUUGAUGAUGCUGCCCUCCAGGAAAACUUUGACAAUGCCACUAGUGCUUACCCUUGGGUGUCCUCUGUGCGUGACAAGAGCGUGACUGAGUUAGAGUUUAUACACGGACAUCUCAAUAACCCAGGAUCUCUUCCAGCAUACCUCUGCUUCAGGGACAAGGCUUAUGAUGCCAAAAUCUGUGAGGAGGCAAGAAAGAAAGGUGACAAGAAAAUGGUGUUUAAGUAUUCGCCUGAGAGUGAUCAUGCCGCAGAAUUACUGGAUGAUCUCAAACACAGAUGCAAGGACACUGAAAGUUUGACCUUGGGUGUUGAUUUGUGUUACAAGAAUCCCAAAGAGGGUGCCGAGCUGAUGUUUAAAGCGAUACACCAGCACCUGACAAAGUACCUGAUGAUUAGCAGUGUACAUGUAGUACAGGAGGAUCGCCAGGCGCUGGCUAAGUCCCUCCACGGUGCCUUCCUAGCCAAUAAGGUCAAGCUGUAUGAGGGUGGCGACCAUUACAUUACACAGCUCAUGAAAAAUGUUGAUGCAGAACCCCCUGUACCAUACCUGGUCACAGGCCCCGCUGGCUGUGGUAAAUCAGCUCUAGUAUGCAACUGGCUGCACAAACUGAUGCAGAACCCUGCCUAUAGCCACUGCUGUGUAGUACACCACUUUGUAGGAUGUGCCAGAGACAGUGCAAGGAUUCAGAGUAUUCUGACAAGGGUGACAGAAGAGUUAGAAGAGAAAGUUGAAGAACUAAAAUCAGGUGAGAGUAAUAGCCAUGGUGAUUCAAAGAAGGAAGGUUCAGACGAUGUACGAGAGCUGAUGAGGAAGUUGUCUGUGGUCCUGGAUAGGCUAACAUCAUUGGGUAAACAGCCUGUGGUGGUCAUUGAUGGCCUGGGGAAUGUGAAGAAAUCAUCAAAAGCUGAAAAGGCAGUAUAUUGGCUACCAACAUUUCCAAAGCAGGCUGUGCUAGUAGUGUCCACCAAGCAGUCGGAUGAGGACAUCAUUGAUGAAUUGAAAAGACGUGACUUUAGUGUGAUAGAUUUACCUCCCCUUGAUCUGGACACCCAGCGUGUAAUCUGUGUGAAUACACUACGCAUGGCCGGAAAAGAACUGUCUCCAGCCCAGGUGGACAAAGUUGUACAAGCCAAGCAGACAGAAAAUGCACUGUUCAUGAAAAUUGUUCUCAAUGAGCUGGUAUCAUUUGGCUACUUUCGACUCCUGGACAAGAAGAUAGAUUCCCUUGUUUCUUGUCAAAGUGUCCAUGAUUUGUUUAUGUGAUAUCCUA